AUGUCGCAUCGCCCUCCUUGUCGACAAAGCGCCUCCCCUCUAAUCAUCGUAGUGCCUCUCCCCUCGCCAUCGUGGCGCCUCUCCCCUCCCCCAUGCAACCUUCCCCAUCCCUUCUCUCUCUCCUCAUCCUUCCCCUUUCUCCCCUCCCUACCCUCUCUCCCCAUCUUUCCUUGUCUCCCCUCCCUACCCUCUCUCCUCACCCUUCCCUUUCUUUCAUCUCAGCUCUUUAUCCCCACUCUCUCCCCUCCCUGCCUUCUCUCCACUCCCUGUCCUCUCUCCUCCCUCUCCCUCUCCCCACUCCGUGCCAUCUCUUCCUCCCCUUCCCUCUAUCCCUAUCUUCCAUUACUCCACUCCCUGCCCUCUCAGUCAUCCCUUCCUCUAAUCUUUCAAACCCCUCUCUUCUGUCAUUUCUCCCCUCAUUAUUAUUCCCCUCCUUGA